AUGGAAGAUAGAGGUGAUUUAGAGUGCGGCCAUUCAAAAUUCGAUGUGAAAGAAUUGUAUAAAUACGAUUUCAUGUAUUUGCAGGAAUUAGUGGACCAGGAUGAUUUUCCAGUAUUCCAACCUGGUAUUUGUUCAGUGGCAUGCAAAGAAAAAAUGAAAUUUAUUGUCAAUCACACCUUUUCAACAUUCUUGAAGCUCUUGAAUAACUAUUUUGAUGAUUCAAAAAUGGUUUUUGAUCGUUCUCUUGAUUAUGGAUUACCUCCCUGGUCUUAUUAUAGGUGCCUUAAUUCAAAUAGUAUACAAAAUUCAGAUAUUCCAUAUAUAAAUCUUAUGAAUGUUGGUUUUUUAGUUGCAUAA